AUGGAGGAUUCUUUUGAAGUAAAUCAAGAAUCAGAAGAUAUUUCAUAAGAAUCAAUAUAAGAUGAAGAUGAUUAUAUUGAAAGAAUAAAUUAAUUAAAGAAAAUCGUACCAAAUAAAUAAGAAGACAAUGAAAUAAUUGAAGAAGGAUUACCUGAUGAUUUACUUGAAUUAUAGGAAAAAAUUUAAAGAAAAUAAUAAAAAAAGAUUGAAUAAAAACCAAAAUUGAAGAGUUAUGUUCCAGUCAAUUAAAUACGAACAGCGAUAAUUAUACAUUUAUUUAAGUUAUUUAAAGAUCAUAAAACUUUGCAUAACAAAGGAUUAUUUGCAUUUAAAUUAUCGAAUUUUUCAUUUUAAACUAUAGAGAUGAUAGAAAAUAGAUUAGAUUUAGCAAAAAAUUUAUAAGAAUAAGUUUUUGCACUUUUUUAAGGUUUUGCUUUGACUUUUUAAUUAAAAAAUUAAUUUUCCAAAGAAUUUUAACUCACAAAAUUAAGUCCUUCAGAAUAUAUUAUAACCUUUGGUUAAUUAUGUAAAUAUUAUGGAUUGAAUGUAAGAUUAGUUAGAGCAUUUGAUAUUGGUUUUUUGGGUUUAGAAUUAAAAUUUAAGAUUCGUACAAUAAAGAAAAUAGAAUAAGAGAAUGAGGAAGUGGAAUAAAAUACUAAAACUAUAUUUGAUCUCAAUUCAUAAUUUAUGAUUUAGACUGAAAAAGUUGAAUCUUUAAAUGAGUUUAUUUUUAAGAAACCUAUCAUAAAAGAUAAAGGAUUAAAAGUAUCCUAAAAUUUAUAGAAAUAAUAAUAAUAAUAAACGAGUAAUAGCAAUAGUUUGAUGGAACUUUAGUAGGAAUAAAAAAAACCGAAAAAAAAGGAGAACAAAAAAUAACCAAAUGAAAGAUAACUUAAUUAAGAUAUAUAAACAUUUAAUUAGAAUAUUUGGCUUGAGUUUUAUGAUUCUAAUUAGAAUAUAUGGAUACCAUUUGAUCCAAUUUCAGAUAUAAAUGUAUUGAUGGAUAUUAAUAUUUUAAAAAAUAAGCUACAAAAUAGUUUGAGUCAUUUUAUUAUUGCAGCUUAAGAUUUAACUUUUAAAAAUUAUGAUUUUAAUUUAAAUAGAUUAUUUGAUAAUACUCAUUUUGUGGAUAUCACAGAAAAAUAUUCUUACAAUUUUAAAAUUCAAAGAUGUUAAUUAUCUCUUGAAAGAUGGUUUAAUCAAUUAGUUUAAUAAUCAAGUAUUAAUUUAAAUAUUUUAGAAUUAAUUUAUAAAGGACUAUAAUCAUUAGUCAAUGAGCCUGUUGAUGCAGAUAUAAUCAUACCAUCCCCUGAAACUUAUUAAUAAGAAAAGGAAUUUAAGUAUAGUAAAUUUUAUACAUUAAAAUCUUAACUUUCUUAAUAUUAGAUGAUUCAUCCUGAUGCAAAACCAACUGGAGUGAAAUUCAAAGAUGAAGAUAUUUAUUUAUAAAGUGAUGUAAUAAUCCUUCAUUCAAAAGAUAAAUGGAGAGAAUAUUUAAGAGUAGUAAAACCUGAUUCUUUACCUAUAAAAGAGGUCAGUUAGAAGUUUGAUAAAAAAAAAUUUACUGCAUUAUAUGCUAUUUGGUAGACAAAUGAUCUUAAAGUAAGUUUAGAAGAAAAUAAUGGAAAAUUACCAGCUAAUGCAUAUGGAAAUUACGAAGUACAUAAUUUAAAUAAAUAAAUUAAUAGAGUUUUUCUUUUCCACCUCCAAAAGGUACUCGUCUAAUUAAGAUAUAAGGAAUAAAAAGUUUGUUAGCUAAAAAUGAUAUAUAAUUUAUUGAGGCAGUAGAUGGAUUUGAUUCUUAAAAUGGAAGAAUGUUUGCUCAAAAAUGUGGUUAUUUGAUUUUUAAUGAAGAUUAUGACAAGAUUAUGUCUCUUUAUUAAUAGUUCAAAAUUGAAAUUGUUGAAAAGAAUAAAAUUAAUAAAAAAAAAGAACUACUCAAAUUAUGGGGUGAUUUAUUUAAAACUAUUCUAUUGAAAAGAGAUUUAUAAACAAAGUACUAAUAAAUGAAUUGA